GAUGCACCUUGCUUCAACCCAUAGUGGAGAAGUACAGCUUUUCUCUUUUUUUUUUUUUUUACACCUAGACGUUUAUUCCCAUCCAAUCACAAAACUCAACUGAGGUGACUUCACAGCAGCUGUUAUGAGUCAUCCAUUCAUACCUUUGUCUUGAAACUGUAUCUGUUUGCUCUCAUUCUGUGUCAUGGGGCCUCGUAUUUAUAAUGACGGAGCGAGUGACUGCGAGCAUGCAGGCCCAAACGUGAAAUGUUGCCAACAAGGAGCAGCAGGUGAGUUUGUCAGAAGAGGAGGAAAAUGUGGAAAAUAAUCAGUCUGCUGCUUCUGUGUGCUGACCUCUGGGGUUAUCUGAAACAGGUUGCAUACUUGUGUAGGUGUGUGUGCAAGUUAGUGGGUCUUCUUCUCCGUUUGAGUGUGUUUGAUUCAUUUUAGCGUAACUGCAAGCUUGUGAAAAUGUCUAUGAGUGUAUAUUUAUAUGUUUGCAUAUGUUCAUAGAUGUUUACUUGCUUUUGCGAAUCUGUUUGUGAGAGGAAAAGAGAGCGAGAUAGAGAUAAGAGUCUGUAAAUCUACCAGAGCUGGUCUUCAUGACAUCACAAUUUGGGAGGAUCUUAGUGGCCAGGAAAGUCAAUUAGAGUUAAACUGAGUUUACCAGCUGAGCACUUAGUAUAAGACAGAAAAAAAAGAGGAAAAAGGAGUGUGUGUGAAGGAGGGAGAGCAAGAAAGAGAGAGAGAGAGAAAGGGGGAGGAGAUACAAAAGGGAGGAACAGAGUGAAGAGGAAGGGAGAGAGAGACAUAGUAAGGAAGGUUUAGGGAACAAGAGGGAGUUGUUGCUGAGGAUACAGUUCAGACAGAGAGAUAGACACAACUCCUGUAGCUUCCUAACGCGUACAGUGUGUUUUAAACAACCAGGAGUGGAAGUGCAGGCAGCAGAGAAAGGGUGUUGCCUACUAGCAGAGGUCAAGCAGGCGAGCAGGCAGAGGGGAAGCCGGUGGAUGUUUUUAAGAGUUUGCUUAUCUGACACUGACAACAGGAUGAGAAGCUGAGCAAGGGCACAAAGAGGGGGGAGAGAAACAUGGAGGGAACAGUCUGUUUAUAUAGGAAGCAUAGAAGAGACAGGCGCUGGUUACCUUGAGAGAGGUGGAAGAAAAGAAGACAAGAGAAGGGGGGAAAAAAAGAGGUAAAAGAAAAAAAGUCCACUUUGUCCGUUUUGUCCAAAGGAGUGGAAGCAAGAGCCGAGGGAUCGUAACACUGGAGCUCAAGGAUAAACCAUGGACUCUGCAUACAUCCCACUACACCUGGACGUGAGUACUACAUCCCCGCCACACACACACACGCACGCACACAUACACACACUCACAUCUGUCCGUCUGUCAAAACCACAAGCCUCAGGAACUGUGCUGCUGAAACCAUUAGUUACUCAGGGGAUCAGCUCACACACACACACGCACACACAUGCAUACACUGCUGGCACACACUGUUGCUCAAUCAAAAUCUUGUCCAGUGAGCAACUCGUCCAAGAAUAAUGUGCCCAUUAUGAGUUCAAAGAGCAUAACGUAAUCCCACGCCACUGCAACAUGCUCGGUAUGAAUCGGCCCUCAGUGUGAACGCUCGGGAGCUUUUAAUGUGAAAAGCAGAGGUGUGUUUUUGUUCCGUAUUUCACGUCGGUUAAGCUGUCAGACAUACGAUGAGAGCAGCCUCAGAGCUUUCAGCAGUCAUGGCUCAGAUAUGCCAGUAUUUCCAUUGAUGCCUUCGCGGUGUUGUGCCUCAGCGGGGCCUCCCGUUAACCACAAUGCACUUGUGAGACUCAGACCUCCGGGUAUCACUGGCUUGACACACAAGAGGAGGUGCUGCAGGGGAGGAAAGAAGCAUGAGGAUGAAUGAAAGAUCUUUAAAGACACGGCAACCUGUAGGAGCUUGGCUAAAACUCAAAGACUAAAACUCAGGGUGUAAACCAGAAAUACACGUUCAAGCAAACUUCCAUCUAACAACCCAGUUUGUCCACAGUUACACAUGUCCGCUCGUGUAUCUGUUUAUUAGCCUUCACUCCACCCAGCAAUCAGCAUGUUUGAACCUUGUACUGUUCCCAGCAUGUGCGUGUGCAUGUGUCUACGUAUACGUGUGUAUGCAUGCGUGUGCAUGUCCAAACUGAUACCUAACGUCUUGCACGUAUCUAUCAACCCAUUUCCUUUUAGCAUUCAGCAUGUGUUGAAACCUAAUGCUGUUUAAGCGUGUGUGAGGACUGUGCAUGUGUGUGUGUGUUUCCAAACCAUACCCAACUCAUUUCACAUAUUUACACCCCUACUUUUGUGAAUGUGUUCCUGCGUGUGUUUGUGCUCACUCCCUCUGGCAAUUAGCAUGUGUUUGAAUGUUUGAACCCUCUGCUUCCAAGUGCGAAUGUGUGUGUGUGUUGCAUGGUGUGUGUGUGUGACAUUAUAUACAGUUUGACGUCCAGGUCAUUAGCCUGCUAAUCGGCCCAGCUGGAAUGAAUUAGCGAGCUGUUUUAAUGGAGGGCAAUAAAACCCCACAGCAGCUUACCUGGAAUAUUGUUUUAAUGAUUUCAUCUGCUAUGAGCCAAACCACAACUCCAACAGCAACUGUUUUGGACACCACUCACUCUGCCGUGUUACAUAUUAACACCAAAGCUCAAAGAUGUCUAUCAAUGUCCAGUUAAGUGUGGGGAUUAUUGAAGUCGUAAUCUUUUAGUUUUGCAUCCGAACUUUGUUGUGCAUGGGCAGAAAAGGAGCAGCAGUGACAGCAGAUGUAUCCUGAGAGGUGUAUAUUUAAGCUCAACAUCACAUUUGUGAUCACAAGGCUCUCUGCCACGACAUUUUUUGAAGUAUCUGAAUAAGCUCAGAGCGAGUAAACGAACCCUGUGGCACAUAUCAUAUUCUGCGAGGAUAAAACAGCAGCAUAGAAAAAUGAGAGCUUGAAGGGGGUGAGGGUGGGGGGUCAGGGCAAAUGAGAGGAGGAAUUUGGGAAAAGAAACACGGGAAGAACAACAGGAAGGGAAAGUUGAGGGACCAGGGGUAACAUGAAGACAGCGGCGGUGGAUAAAUCAGCCGGCUGCGGUGACACUCCGGCCCUCUGGCCCGGCAACAGUCGGCCGCACUCUUCCGCAAAAACACCAUUCAUUAAAGGCCUAUAGGAAAAAAAAAGAGCAGCGAAGAGGGAUAGGGAGAGAGGGAGGAAGAGACUGGGAAGGUGAUGCACAGAUUUAUCAAAUGAGAAUUAAUAAAGCACUUUAGUAGAAAGGAAGCAGAAAAGCGAAAAGUAACUACUAUCCAACAAUGAAGACGCAGCAAAAGGACAAAGUUCAGAGAAUGCUAAAAGGAACGAGGAAGGGGAAAGGGCACGAGGUUGCAAAUAAACAGAUAAAAAGAAAGGAAGAGAGAGCAGAGCGGACACCAGAGGUCAGAGGUUUUAAUCAGCGAGUUCAAAAAGACACGAGGCAGGCGGGUGACGACACUUGUCUGCCUCGCGCCGGGGUCACGCUACGUCUCAGGAGAUCAGGUCACAUCUAAUAUGUCUAAUAACACAUACAGUGCAAAGCAAAGCAAAACACCAGUGGAUUCCCAACCCUUUGUUUCACCUUAUCUCUCACCCAUUCAUCACACAGCUCCUCCAAACAUUUGAUUAGUUUGUGCCAGAGAGAGCGAAAGAAUCCAAAGAUUACAGUAAGGAAGGGGCAGUCAGAUAUAAAAAGCAGGAACUGUGUGAUCAUAAAAAUGUCUGCGUUUCCAGAUAACUGGAAUGAGUGGACAUUAGGGUGGGUGGCACCCUGAUGCACAUGGCGCAUAAAGAUACUAAAUUAGGCCAGGAAGCUCUUUGCCUGAGUCAGACCUAGUCACAACAGAGAGAUCAGUAUGUCAAAGUGAUGAAGUGGUAAAGCUGGCCUCUUUUUUUUUUUGCAAACCUGCUUUUUUCUCAUUUUCGUCAGUGUUUAUCCGCCUUGCACAGGCUGUGACAGACCCUAAAAACCUUUGAACCUCCUCCUUUGAGUCACCUGGGUGGUUUUUGUAGGUGAGGAAAGUACAGGAGAGAGGUGUUUUUGUCCUUAAUCUGCUGUACAAGUCUCCUCAGUGUAUGGGAGAGGCUGUCCGGCAGAGUGUCUAAUCUGUAAUUGUCCUCUGCUGCAUGCCUCAGGUGAAACAACUCUGGGUGGAGCUGAGAGAGUUUAAUGGAUAGCUAGGACAAUCCCACGCUUGGAGGUGGCUUAUUUUCCCAGGCCUGCCCUUUGAACCUCGAACCACACCAACAACACACACAUACACAAGGCAAAAAGCAUAAAACACACACACCUUCACACCUGUGACCUCCUUUUAACCCUUUUUCUGACAGCAUGGUGAGAUUAGCAGUCAUUACAGCGUCAUUAUGUGUUUACUCGGCUGUAUACGCUCCUGUUAUCUUGUUGUAAAGGGUAAAAUCAAUUCUCUGUCCCGAGAGAGAUUAGAUAAAACAGAUAGAGGAGACAGAUAUGACGGAGAGCUUGGACAAGGAAAGAGAUAACAGCAUAUGAGUUCAUCUUUGUGUGAGAGUCAGACUGCUCAGGUGCUGCUUCCUUUGAAAUACUCCACCGGGAAGAGUAAAAGCACUCUGUUCCUGUCUGUGUCGCACUUUGAUUCAUGAAAAGAUCUGAUUUUCUUGUUUCAACAGGAUUAUUUCUGUUUACCUGACCUGUUUAGAUCUCAUUCUGACCCCUUUAGGUCAAGAGGGCUGUUAACUUGCUGGUUUCUAAUUACCAGCCCAGUUAUUAACACAUGCACUUAAGAGGGCCAGGGUGUUAGCCAGGUCAUGGUAGUAAUUGUGUGACCCCUGUUAGUGGUAAUGUUCCCGCACUGAGAACAGCCAUGGAGAAAGACAAGCUGAGUCGGCUGAAAGAGUUUCAGGCUGUGACAGAGCAUGAAAACCAUCAGACUUCUUUCAUAACAUCUUAAUAUAUCAUGUAGCUGCUCUAAAAAGCAAAAAAGUUUAGCAUUUUGAAUUCAAAAUACAACAUUAGAUCUGGGAAAUGCUAAAAGAAAAAACACUUCUGCUGAAUUUUAAGUGAUAUUGACGUUUGGAGCAGCCAUCAUGCAUACUAUAAAAGAUUAAAUAUUUGGAAACAGCAUAAUCAAAAAUCUUGCUCAGCUCAGCAGCUGAGCAAGGAUGGAUCCUCAAGGAUUUAGAGCCAGUCAAAGCAUACUCUGCCCAAGUCACCAAGAAAUCACAGGGCUGACAUAAACAUAGAAAAUAAGGUCACCAAAUCAUUGCACGUCUGUACAAAGGAAUAACAUACUGACUCAUGCAGAAAGGUUCCUGCUUGGUUUGAACCAUGAACUGUCUUGCUGUGAGGCACUUUGAGGAGUUAUAUCUGGUUUUAGAAUAGUUUUAUGGUCACACCGAUGCCUCACGACACAACAUGUUUGGUUUUCCCUAUAUAUCAAAUUUAAGUUCCUGUGCCGGAGUCAGAGUGUAAGAAGUCGAGUUGAUGUUUGGCACUUUCCUGUAAGCAUCAGUUUUUAAACUUUGUUUUUUAACUUUCUUUUCAAUAAAGUUUUGCCAUCAUGGCUGAUACUGUAGCAAGAUAAACAAAAUGACUUAGAGUAUUUUUUUUCUAUUUGAAGUACUGUAAAAGAGAAAAGGGGUUGUGAAGGGAGUUUAAUUUGAUGGAUGCAUCCGAAAACAACACAAAAGAGUCAGAUUGUUGGUAUAUUUUUGAUACCAUUCAGACAUUUAUUGGGACCUGUGAGCACACAUUAUGACACCAGGGAUGUUACAGGUACAGUUAAACAUAAACUUUUGUAAACUAACAGCAACGAAUCAGGGUUUGAAGGCUUUGUUUUUGGUAUAUCACAGCUAAUUAUUAAUGUCUCUUUCAAAAGGUUUCCUUGAACAAAGAAAAUAAGGGGUCACACGUAGAUUCUUUCUUCUUUCAUUUCUGGAACAAAAACACACUGAGUGAUUGAAAGUGCUCAUGGGAAAUGUAGUUUUCAUCCCCAAAACACUACAAAUGUCACCAGAAUGAACAAAACAUAAAAAUUAUUCAUAGUUGCCACCUAUCCCUUGAGUAUCCUGGAUGUCAUUUGAUUUUUUGUGUGUGUAAAAUACAGCAGGUUAAAGCUUCUGUGAGGAACUUUCAGUUUGUUUCCAUCUGUACCCUCUACUAAACAGUCAUUGUCUCUGUAGUGUCCUCUGAAAGAAAUAUCUUUGACAGUCAAACUAUCAUGUUUUGGGAAAAUUUCACUUAGAAAACAAAACAAAAACCAGCUACUUGGCUGAAACUUACCCCCCUGCACCAGUUUCAGGCACUUAAAAGUACAAGAUAAAAGUCGUCAGUCUUUUCAUGAGGGGUUUUACUUGCUUUUGUACAUCAUAAAAAAGUAUAUUUAUUGAUAUAAAAGAAUCCUCAUAGGAGCUUUGAACAGGUAAAUAAAACUGUCAGUAUAUGUGAAGAAAAAAAUCAGUGUAAUAGGUACUCUGUGUUGUUAGGGUCUGUUUAAGGUUUCUUUUUUGUAAUUUUAUGUAUAAUAACCACUAAAAGCUGAAAGCUGAAAAGGCUUCUUUAGCUCCAAAGGAUUCCUGUCAUCCUCAUUGACUUACAAAAGUUGAACCAAAAAUGAUAAAAAACAAAUAUUCUCCAGUGGUUUGAAAAGGAACAUAGAUAAAAAACAGAUAUCCAUCAUUGUGAAAGGUCCUUUAACUUCAUUACCUGUCAGUGAAGUCCACCACAUAUGAUGAAUGCUAUUUAUUUUUCACAAACAACAAUUUGAUUUCUUUUACUCAUAAAUAAGCGGCAUUAAAUCCAGUCCAAUUACACAUCGAGACCUCUUUACUCCUGUUUGGUGUCAUAGGAGAUAUAUGGUCCUUGGGGGUCUACAGUUUGCCAUAAAUUAGCCAAGAAAAAACAAAGCAGCACAGUUUCUACAGCAAGAAGUAAUGAGCAUACAACUUCGUAUGGAUAUGUGGAUAGUAAAUUUCUUGAACAUAUGUCACAUGAAGGCUGAAGACUAAUGAGAAACUGGCGUGUCCAGGAAGGAGAGGACAUAAGCAUGAUAUACAGAGUACAGGAGCAUCUCAGGGCAGCUAUCUGUUUUGCAGAUUUCUCGACCAAUACUUUAUAUGGCUUUGUUAUGUCAUAUGAGUUAUGUUGUCUCUGAGUAAAACACAUCAUUUCUAAGCACCUAAAUGCAAAAAGACUCCUGCACAGCCUGCCUAUACAUUGUUUCUUCUCAUCCCUCCAGGUCCACCAUGCUCCCUGCUAACCUCCUGCUCCUCAUGGUCCUGCUGCUACCUCAAGCCUCGUCUGGUCGCCAGGGUGGAGACACCAGCGAGAUCAACCAUGACAGGGUGUCCUCCAUGCCUUCCUCCUUGUCGUCCCCACCGGCUGGUUCCUUCUUAAAGCCCAGCCUGGCUCAGACCAUCCAGAGUCUCCUCUUGAGCCGUCUGGGCCUACAGUCACAGCCCGACCCUCGGCCUGGGGUGCCAGUGCCCCAGUACCUCCUAGAUCUCUACCGCUUCCACCAGCAGCAGUACCACUUAGUGGAGGAUCCAUCAUUUAGCUUUCCAAGCCAACACAUUCAGCAAGCUAACACCGUACGCAGCUUUCACCACAAUGGUAAGCCCAAACUGGGUUGUACUAGUUAUUGAAUCACAAUCAAAAUAGCUGCUCUGUCAUUAAUGCGCACAUAGUCUGUGUUCCUUUUAUCAGCCACAAAUGAAGUAUAAAGAGUUUGUAUUGGAACAGUUGCAGAUUUCCUGACUGCUCCUCUCUCAAAACAUAUGUUUGGGCAAAACUAGAAAUCUCACACAUUGUUUUGGAAUCUAUUCAACAGUUCCUAGCAUGGCCAGAUUAAUUCAUUAAUGGAAACUGGGGCAAAUAUCUCCUUUUGAGUCAACCCACCCUACUUGUGCAUUGUUUGGUAGAUUUCUUUUAUCUGAUAUCUCUCUUUCACGACUUGAUAAAUACAGUAUAGUAAGUCGCUUCACAUUAUCACUGGUUUACACCACACUUAAUGCUAAUGCUCUUUGUCUUUCUCCUUUCCUUGCUCCUAGAACCCCUCGCUGAUGGUUCCAAAGCAGAGGAUCACAAGAAGGUGCACAUCUCCUUCAAUAUUUCCUCCAUCCCUCAAGAUGAGAGACUCCUCUCUGCUGAGCUUCGGAUCCUACGCAAUGACAGGGCCUCGCUGGGCCCUGGAGCCCACAGACUAAAUGUAUACCUCUCUGAGCACCAUGAGGACCCUCAGUCUACCCUGCUGGAAACAAGGUUGCUCAGCACUGGUCUCCAAAGUGGUUUAUGGGAGGCUUUUAGCUUGAACACAGAAUUCCUCGAUAAGGCUCUUACUGGGACUGGCAGCCUGGGCUUUCUCUUGGAGGUCAGACCUGAGAACAGCACCACUUUACUCCCAAAUCAGAAUGUCUCCUCUGCUGCUGGUGAGGAGCAUGUAGAGAAGCACAAAGAGGGACACCUAAGGGUACAAAGGUCUGUGGGUCAGGACGAGCACAGCUGGGCCCAGGAGAGACCACUCUUGGUGACUUACAGCCAUGAUGGGCGUGGGGAGCCCUUGGUCAAACAUGGCAGGAGAACCCCCAGUGGUGGCCACAGGUUGAGAGGGAGAAAAGGUAAAAAAGAGAGGGGCAGGAGCGGCGUUAAGGAACAUAACAGAGAACAAACUUUGAGGAAGGACAAAAAAAAGGGGUAUAAUAGUCCAGGCUGGGGGGUUGACAAAGGCGGAAUCAGUUGGAGUGAUCGUGGAAGGGUUAAGAGAAAUGGUGGCCGUGCCGCAAAACUGAAGCGCCUUUCCCGUAACAGAUGCCGUCGUCAUCCUCUAUAUGUAGAUUUCAACGAUGUGGGCUGGCACAAGUGGAUCAUUGCACCAAGUGGCUAUGACGCCUUCUUCUGCCUGGGAGAGUGUCGCUUCCCUCUGGCCGACCAUAUGAACUCAUCAAGCCACGCCAUGGUUCAGACUCUGGUAAACUCUGUGAAUGGAGCAGUGCCCCGGGCCUGCUGCGUCCCCACCUCCCUCAGCCCCAUUGCCCUGCUCUACCUGGAUCCCCAAGACAGAGUAGUUCUGAAGAAUUACCAAGACAUGGUGGUGGAAGGCUGUGGAUGCCGGUAGUGGGCUGAAGCAUUCACCCAGAGAAAGUCAGACUAGGACGGAGGAGCAUCGAGAGAAGAGAAAAAGAGAAAGCACGGGAAGGCAAAUGACGGGAAGAAGAGACUGUAGCCGACAGAGACUGAUCGAGAAAAAUGUAGCAGCUUCAGAGAAAUGAGCAAGGGAGAGGCGGCGAAGGGGAGGCAUAUAGCAGCAAUAUCAUUAUCAGGAGCAAGAUAAAAGGGUCAGACAUAGGAAGAAAAAGAGUGAGAGAUAGUCCUAAUGUGCCACACAGCAGCAUAAAUGAUGAGACAAAAGGCAACAUAUGUAAACUGCCUGGAAUUACUGUUCAGUGUUUGCCCGUAUGCUGACGAUGCAGCUGUCUUCACAUCAACAGACAGGCUAUGUGUUCUAUCAUGAAAAGCCAGUGCUUUAACAUACAAGGUGUCCUAUCUAUACUGCAGUGUUUUCCACCCAUUAUGCUCUCAUAUGAUUGCCUGAUAGGCAAGCGCACGCAUGUUAAGCUGUUGUGGAGUGAAGCUUAAAGGGUGAACUGCCACAGUAGGCAGUUGAGGGAGUUGGAGCAGGAUUUUGCAGCUUUUUUCGAUGGAAGUCCUGAUGAUUAUUUGCAAUAUGACAAUGACACUGGCACAGUAUCCAAACUGUGCAUUAGUGUUGUUUCUGCAGGGUGCAUUUGUUUUCAUGAACAGUGGUUCGGUGAUCUACUGUCACCUACAAGCACCCCUUCAUCACUAGCUAUUUAAAACCACAACAAUAAUGCUGAGGAUCUAUUAUGUUAUAGUCUGAAUGUACUGCAUCACUAUUAUUUAAAAAAGAGACUUUUUGUACAUUUAUUUUGCAGACAUGAAGAAAAAUCCAAGUGAUAAUUGUCAUGUGAUUAUGCAUAAUUCCACUGAAUGCAACUCUAACUUAAAAGAUACAUUAUGUAUUUAAACAGCAGCAAUAUGUUGUAUUUAAUCUUGAAAAUAUUUAAGAUAGUUGCACUCAACAGAGCGUACAGCAAACCGAGAGCCUGCCAUCCGCAUGAAGUAAGUUAUAGUAGCUUUACAUUUGUACAACCGUUCAGUGUAUUGAAUUAACAGUCUGUGUUACUUAAACAUCCCACCUUAUCAUUGCACACAUUUUGGUGUACAACAGCUCAACUAACAAGCCAACUGAAGGCUCUGUGUAUUGUAGCUACUGAAGUGUUGUGUCUGCAUGUGUUAAGAAAAAAAAAAAAAAGGAAAACUGAUAAUAAAUCUGGGACUUUUGUGCCUUUCAAACAGGGGCUCUGAAAGUGUUCUCUGCUGAGCUUAGUAACUGUUUUUCAGUGUUGCAUUUUUCUCUCUCAAUGGAAACAUUUAAGCAACAGCUUGUAAAAUGUUUGACAAUAUACCUCUAAUAAACAAAGCAAACAGCAC